UUGCCGCUUACGACAAGCAUGGGUUACUGAAGAUCAAUUCUAACCCGCAUCUUCACGGGUAUGCUACAUUUAGAAGGAUAUCUGAGGGUGGUCUUGUACUUGCUAGGGGCUACUAUACCAGACUAGGGGACAGAAAUGCGUUUUCAAGUAGUACCAAUAUUGGGAGUUGACCCAGGUCGAUGUCUGGAAAAGCCAAUACUUCAAUCAUUAAAUGAGUCAAAGAUUAUCCAAGAAUCAAAGAUUAUUGUUGAUGUUUUAUGACCUGUUUGACAUAUUCUGGUGUAUGUUUCAUGAUUGGGUGUCUCAUGUAGCCAAGUUGUCACAGGACAAUCUCCUGUGCAGAUUUCCCCUGAGCAUGACCUUUUUGACGCAUCCCAUUGUAUGUCAGCCGUGUAGAUUGAGUGUCAUGAUGUCAGUCACUGGAAUCUUGUCCAGACCUCCAUCUUGAAUAUUGCUUGUACAAGAUACAAACGUUCACAGUUGCAUCAAAACUGUAGCAAAUGUGUAUAAGGAAGGUGAGCUUCAGUACCUAAACUAACCCGAACAAUAGCUAUUGAUCACUUCUUUCACUUAAAUCUCUUUGCCUGUGUACACAUUGUCCGUGCACCGAAGCACCAGCUGUUGCCGUAGAGGGAUGCUGGUUGGUGCUGACAUACAAAUAAUCAAAUUGUCUCUGAUGAGUGAGUUACAAUUUAGACGGGCGAAAUGGUUAGCAGUCAUGGACGGAACGGGACCCUCGGAACCAGUGUAUUCCUGCUAACUCCAGUAUUUCUCUGUCUGUAUUACCGAGUGGCCAUAAAGCAUACCAACCACGUGGCAACUUUAACCAGCUGACUAUAUCAAAAUAUUGAUUUCCGGGUCCACGUUGGCUUUGAAAAUAUCUCAAUCACCUGAGGCCUACGCCACUCAACACCACAUGCGUCAUGGAGUCACGUGAUAAUUUGUCGUCUGCGGUUGGACUUAAUCGGCUGCUGGGACGUGUGGGCGUUUUAUGAAUGAACCUCUUCCUACAAUGUUGUCAUCGAUGUGAUCGUAUACUUGGAUCAUGUAUGUUCAACACGCUGGAGAUCAGGUAUGGAGCGAUAUAAUAAUUUCAGGUGGAUGCCAAACCUGGCUCACUAUCACCGUUUGCUUGAUGGGGAUGAAAUUCCUAACGGCAGAGAACAUGUCAUCGCACCGUUAUGCAGUAUCCCGAACGCUCCAAGCAAUAUUAACCGUCUCCCUGAUGAGGUUCUUGCUCGGAUUUUCGGCUACCUUCGCCCGAUUGAAGACCGACUGCCAUCCCUGGCUCUCGUAUGCCAUAAGUGGAGACACAUCCUUUUAACAUCUGGCUCUCUGUGGAGGUCUCUCCACAUCGACCCAUCACAAUAUUCGUACGGGCAUUUCAGUCUUGUGUGCUGCAUAUUUCGGUUGUACGGGUAUCAUGUUCAGAAACUUACUUGGCGGGAACAUUCGCUUGUUUACGAAAGCGUCUUUUCACUGAUACCUCGGCUUAGGAAUUUGAAGUAUCUAAGACUGCCGAUUCUAUGGACCAGGGCUGUGGUGGAAAGUCUCCAGACACUAACAAACCUCGAACAUGUUCAGAUCAACGGCGGUUAUGCCCUAAGCGAUUCCGACUUGGAACGAAUCGGAAUGUAUUUCCCUCGACUCCGUGAAGUUUCUAUAAAUGCCUGCUGGAGUAUCUCAAGUCAAGGGGUCGAGAGGUUUAUAGAUUCACUCCGCAAUCUGGAAACUAUUAAACUAAAGAUCAACUCUGGCCUACCGCUAAACGACGUGAGGAGUGAACGCGCCAUGAGGGAAGGGGGACGAAUAGUUGUGAGUUUGACUGAACAUGGUUACUCCAAGUUAAUUGGUGUUUUGUGUCUUCAUUUUGUGCCCGUAGAGAUGGAUCAGUUGUGGGACUCUGUCAACAGGAUGAGCAACCUCAAGAAGCUGAGCAUAAGUAACUGUGAGCACCUACAUGGCAUCCGGCUUGUGUCGAAGUCCCUUCAGAAGUUGUACCUCUUCAACCUGUGGAACGUCCUCUUCAUCAGCGUAGACGGCAAGGACCUCCGUUACAUCAACAUUGACGACGGUUUGGAGACUAUGGAACAUCUGGAGCUGUACACCCCAAAACUCCGCCGCGCUCGCAUCAACGGCAGCAACGCCAUGAAAACAGUCAGCAUCAAAAGCAACAAACUUUCUUUUCUUGAACUUUCUAACUGCGAAGAACUGGAUAUGCGUUCCUUGAGAGAGACUCUCAAAUCCAACCCGUCCAUUUUAUGUCUAAAGAUUGGAUGUCUUUCGCAGGACAGUUUGCUGUUGGACGAACUAAUUAUCCCAAAUCUGCAUGAACUGUGUCUGUUAUCGGACUUUGCGUGUGAGGCAAUUCACAUUAGGAGUCCCACUCUCCGUCUGUUCCACACGGAAGCAGAGAACGACAUUAUUACACUCAAUCACAUCUACAUCACUGCCAACCACAUAUGCAAGAUAGCUUUAGUGGGAAUGCCAGCCUUGAAAACAAUGACGAUUCAGUGCGUGAGUGUGGACUCUAUAGAGCUAAACCUAUGUAGUGACGAACAGAUCAAUCUGGACUCCUGUGUCAUCCAUGCUAUGGGCGCGAUAGGAUUCUUGAGACUUUUUGACUGUAAGCUCAAUUUGCUAUCAGUCAGUACCCCGGUGGCCGAAACAGUUGUUCUCUAUCGUUGCCAGAUGACCAACUACGUCCUCCAGAUGGCGCUGAACGGCUGCCACAAUAUAUCUCACCUCAACCUGGAAAAAUGCAGGAGUAUAACGCAGGUGUCCGUGGAUGCUCCCCCCAUGAUGUUCCUCAAUAUGUUCGGGUGUCGAGAAGUCCAUCGUCUUGAUCUGGACUGUCCGCAGCUCUUAGCCCUCAACUUAGGCCAGUGUCCAAACGUACGAUUGUUCCUGAAGGGGGUGGAACAAGACCUGUCCACGUGCUGUGACCAGCCGAAGAUUGUCAGUCCCACGGAAUCCAUCAGAUGGAGUCAUCACUUCCCGCCACUGCAUAUAUGUGGACUGUGACCUGUAUUUACUGCAGCAUUCCCGUGAUCUCAAAAUAUGCACAAGUGAUGUUUACUUUUAAUAGUGUACUAUUAUGUACAUAAAUAGAAAUAGGGAACGACCAAAACUGACAAGACAUGUAUGAAUGUUACAUUGACAGAGUGCUGAGUUUAUAUUGUAAUGUUGAACAUCAUGCGGAGUGACUAAUGGUGUUGAAGUGAUACUUUUUACUUAACAAAGUAAUACCUAUCAAUAUGCACUUUUGAAAGCGUUCUCUAACAUUUUGCCUCCGGUAUGUAUGCAAAUCAGUAUGGCUGGGGGAAUUGCAUAGUGUAUCCUUGGAGACGUGUGGCACUCUUUCAUCUCAAACUUUCGGUUUAAACAGAGUAUUGUAUUUUGAACGACUUUUAAAAACGAACAUUGUUCGUACUAUUUACAAAAAUGAAUAGUCACAGUGGUUUACUUCGUGUGCAGUUACCGGAAUAUUCUUAUCAGAAUAUAAAUAGUAUGUUUUGAACAUCAAAACAUGUUUACAAAGCCACACACGUGUUGGAUGCCUGUCUCCAAUCCCUACCACCACAAGGUACUCCAGAUUCCUAAUUACAAACUGCAAACUGUAAUCUACUGCGUAUAUAUACUGUUUACUGAUCUCACACACUAAGGUUACCAAAGGGAUAUAUUGCCAUAUACAGACAAUUCAAGUAAGAAAGCAUUUAAAUCAUUGUUUAAUACUCAGGCGCGAGACAAUAUCAAAUUCGUGUCAUUGUUAUCGGUCCAGGGUAUCCAGGGUAGCUAAAUGCUGACAUAUUUACAGGUGACAACAUAAAGCAACGGAAGAUUUCUAAAAGUUGGCAGUUGAUGCCACUUAUACCUGUCCAAAAGGUUUGUAGGUUUUACUGACCAAGUUCAAUUAAUUAAUUAUAGCCAUAUAGGAAUGCCUUCCACAGAACCAGAUGUCAUUGAUGUCCUACUUUAAUCACACAGGGAUAUCGAUCUGCAUCUCAGAACACAUGUGAUACCAAUAUCCAAGGGAUAGAUCUCUAACAUUUACACCUCAGGCGUGAUAAAAAACCACGAUUACAAGCUGUGUUCAAACAGGGCAACCACAAGGAUGUCCUUACAAGGCCGUCUAUUUAACCAGGUAUGGUGUAUACUAAGGUAUAACUACUGAUGCCGGUAUAAUAUGACACAGUGCACAUUUUGUAUGUUUCAUGAAAACAAUGAAUAUUCCAGCUGUUUCAGUAUGACUGAAUUCGAUGGUGAUUGGAGGAGGAAGUCCUCCCACAAAGUUGUAAUUAUUCAAUUUGGGAUUGCUUUUAUACCGAGUUUAUAGAUACGAAUGGAUGUUUGCAUUUAUUCUGUGCGAUUGCCACAAGUGUACAUGCUUGUGCUUCAGAAUGCGCGUCUGGAAGACGUAGGUUUACAGCGAUACUAGGCAUUGUCUCUUUCAACGCCAGAGUCGGCUUCCAAACAUAAGAAACCGUUUGCUUCUGUAGGUUGUCGUGUUAUAUGAUUUGGGGAAACAUUUAUGCCAGCUAGUGUUUAAUCUCGUGACCCUACACUAACAUCAGACUAUGACUUCGCUCACGUCUGAGUAAUAAAACAUCGCUCCCGAUAGAUGAAUCACUGUUUAUUAUCUAAACCCUUCCCCUGUUUCAAAACGUUAUCAACUUGACGGACCUUUCAGUGAAUAACAACAGAAACACCCGUCUUAUUGCUUUCCCUGACUUUCUUCAUGGGCAGCUGUUAACUGUUAAAGUUGUUAACUGUUAAAAUCUAACUUUGUCUUGUAAUGUCGUUUUUCACUUCAUGUCCUUAUGGACUUUUAGUCAUUCGUGGCAUCUUUCUCACUUUCUCCACAUCUCUUUAUUUCAUGUACCUGAUUUUAAAGUAAUCAACUGCAAGAACACUGACAGUUACUCAGAUUAUGACUGUCUAUCUGUUGAUGACGAGUAUUCAAUGCGCCGUUUCGUCUUGUGAUAAAAUCCUUGAUUAGAUGUGAUCUGUACAAAUCUGCAAGCACAUAUGUCGGUCACCUGGUGGCUUUAAGAAUGUGUACCGGUGAAGCAACAGUUCAAAACAUAAAGAGUGUCUUCUAGGCAAAUAUUGUCUAAUUAUUUCAUAUAUUCCAAUGGCUGUAUGAUAUCAUUUACAGGUCAUUGUUCUAGUUGCAUGCUGUGUAUUGUAAGAGUAAACAACAGACAAUCGUUAAUUUAAACAUGACUACUCACUACCCAUGAUGUUAGUGUUAGUGAUGCAUAUUGAGAUCUGCGAUGGAAAUGUUUAAUUAAAUCCAAUAUAUCGGAAUCAUAUGAAGGACGGGUAGAAAGUAGAAAGCAACAUAUGAGAGAAGGUAAAGGCAACAAAUCCAUGCCAUAAUCAUAGGAACAUAUCAUUGAGUGUAUCAUAAGCAGGUGUGAUCAACAGUGAUGCUAUCGGGUUCUUCCACGUCUCAUCGUUUGUACCCGUUCCAGACACACGCACAGUUAAAGUAUGAUAGAAGCCAAUAUAGAAAUUGUAUCGGGGAUGCAACAUGCGUUUCGAAAUUUUCUCCACCUUUUAUUCAAUAAACGUUUUACGAAAGCCUUGAAUGUUGUAACCCUCAUAAUUUGCGCAAGAGUCGUUGGACGCUCUUCUAUGUCUCUUCUCAGAAACUUGAUCUCUUGAUUGUCUCUCAAAAGUUUUGUAAUGAAGACCUCCAAGUAUGGAGAGUUGGAAUAAUGCUCGACCUAAAGGUAAAGCUGAAGUCGUGUCUCUAAUGUAAUAAAGUCGCGUGGAUAGAACUGCGUGAACUUCAGGAUGUUUGUGGAUGAUACCGUCUUUUGUGUCUCCGCAAGUCAUUGGGAAACCAGGGCUAUGAUGAGACGCCACUCGUUGUCAGGCGAACGUAAUUGGACACAGUUUUGAUCAUUUUGUUUGUGAACCGUUGAUUUGGAAGCAAAAUAAAAAACUGCGAGGGUUAUGAUUUCAUAUUUUAAGCAUAUGCAUUUGGUGGUAUAUUUUUCUCUAAUCACACUAAAUCCGUUUACUAUAAAGAUUCCUAUAUUAAUUUUCACGUCGUGUUUAUUGACAGUUUUUACUUCUAGUUUGAACUAUGUUGAAGGCUAUGUAAAUGGAAACACAUGAAUACAUGUCCCGUGUGUUGUUGGGUGCCGUGAAGAGUCAUAUAUAGUGAAACCUGCAUAAUGCGGACGUCUUUAGACGGGAAAUCCCGCCUUCAGGCCAUUAAUUACACAAACAUAACAGGUCACCGGAUCCUGGACCAAUGGUAAUCCGGGCUCUUUGACUGCAACCGAAACAGCCCGGAUGAGAAGGUUUCUGUGUAUUUCUGAUGUGGCAGUAUUCACGCGAUGUGUGAUUGACAUUUUUUGCAUGUGUUUGAUAUUGCCGCCUGUCACAAUUGUGUCUGUUUUUAUUUUAGUGGGACAGUAUCUACAAAUAUGAAUGCGGUUAAGAUUCACAAUUUAUGUAUGAACAUUGUUCAGACUAAGCUCCAAAGCUGCUGGAUUUUAUGUUUUGUAUAUAUAAUGGAUAUCUGGUGUUGUUUGGUCGAAACAGAUUUAUUUUCUUAAUCUUGUUGACUUGUAUGCUUUGAUGCGCACAAAACCUCUAUACAGGAUACAAAUAAAAUCAGACUUUAA